GAGCCAGGAGGCCUCCGUGUCAGCAAGCUGAGAGGGAAACUGAGGCAAGAUGUCGGGCCGGAGCGGGAAGAAGAAAAUGUCCAAGCUGUCCCGUUCAGCCAGGGCCGGUGUCAUCUUCCCCGUGGGGAGGCUGAUGCGGUACCUGAAGAAAGGGACGUUCAAAUACCGGAUCAGCGUGGGUGCUCCCGUCUACAUGGCGGCAGUCAUCGAGUACCUGGCAGCGGAAAUUCUAGAAUUGGCUGGGAAUGCCGCAAGGGACAACAAGAAGGCCCGGAUAGCACCGAGACACAUCCUGCUAGCAGUGGCCAAUGACGAGGAGCUCAACCAGCUGCUAAAAGGAGUGACCAUCGCCAGUGGAGGUGUCCUGCCCAGAAUUCACCCCGAACUUCUGGCCAAAAAGCGAGGGACCAAAGGCAAGUCGGAAACUAUCCUCUCCCCUCCCCCGGAGAAAAGGGGAAGGAAGGCGGCAUCGGGCAAGAAGGGAGGCAAGAAAUCUAAGGCAGCCAAACCACGGACGUCCAAAAAGUCCAAACCAAAGGACAGCGAUAAAGAAGGAACUUCAAAUUCCACCUCUGAAGAUGGGCCAGGGGAUGGAUUCACCAUUCUGUCUUCUAAGAGCCUUGUUCUAGGGCAGAAGCUGUCCCUGACCCAGAGUGACAUCAGCCAUAUUGGCUCCAUGAGAGUGGAGGGCAUUGUCCACCCAACCACAGCCGAAAUUGACCUCAAGGAAGACAUAGGGAAGGCCUUGGAAAAGGCUGGCGGCAAAGAGUUCUUAGAAACGGUGAAGGAGCUUCGCAAAUCCCAAGGCCCUUUGGAAGUUGCUGAGGCCGCCGUCAGCCAAUCCAGCGGACUUGCGGCCAAAUUUGUCAUCCACUGUCACAUCCCUCAGUGGGGCUCAGACAAAUGUGAAGAACAGCUUGAAGAGACCAUCAAAAACUGCUUGUCGGCAGCCGAGGACAAGAAGCUCAAGUCCGUGGCGUUCCCACCGUUCCCCAGCGGCAGAAACUGCUUCCCCAAACAGAUGGCCGCCCAGGUGACCCUCAAAGCCAUCUCAGCCCACUUUGACGACUCGAGCUCGUCCUCGCUGAAGAAUGUCUACUUCCUGCUCUUUGACAGCGAGAGCAUCGGCAUCUACGUGCAGGAGAUGGCCAAGCUCGAUGCCAAGUAGCCGCCCCCCGCCCAGCCACAGUGGCCCACGGGAAUCGGAGGAGGAUCCAAGUCCCAGGAGAGGGGUUUCUUUUUUAAGAGGAGAGAGGAAGGGUGACGGCAGGGGAGCGGAGGGCAGCGGGUCACGGGGGCUGCCAGAGCGGGGCCGGCCCACGGAACGAGCCCUCUGCCUUUUCUAUUCUCGUUUCAAAGAGCCUCCAUCUAUAAUCAACCAGGUCUCCACGAGGGGUUUCUUUCCAUGUGUUUCCUUCCUGUUGUUUUAGAACUUUUUUAAAAGACAGACUUCGUUUUAGAUUUAUAGCAUUGACUUUUACACACACACACAAAAAAAAUCCUUUCAAAAUUCUUAAAACCUCGUUUCUCCUUUUUGCAAGGGAAGAGGGCAUAAAAGUGACUUGGGCUUUGUCAGCUGUCUGUGUUCGGGGGCAGAGAGAAGAACAUGAGAAAGGUGUCUCACUGGUGCUUUCCUUUUCUGUUUUUAGUGCCCCCCCUCCCUCCAUGACAUCUGUAUCUACUCCUAAAAAGAUUUUGCUUCAGGCUUUUGUUUUGUUUUAUUUUGUUUUUAAAGAAAAAGAAAAUGAAAGA